UGUCCUACUGGAACACCAUGAUUACGUGUGGUAAUGCAAAUAGUAUGGUAAUGUUCGAGGUGAUAAAACUGGGCCGAUCCAACAUUUUGCGUCUGCAACUGAAAAGAAAUCAUAUUAGAUCUUACUUCACAUCAAGGGUAUUCGGCUGUCAAAUAAAAGAAAAACUUAAAACCAGUUAUUUGAUUGGGCCACAAGAUGUGCCUUUGCUCAGGCUAACCUUGGGUCAACUGUUGCAACAAGCUGCGGAUCGCUUUGGAGAUCGAACAGCUGCUGUGUUUGUUCACCAAGACAUCAGAACAACGUUCCAUCAAGUGCUGACUGAUGCAGAUAAGGCAGCUGCCGGACUAUUAUCUUUGGGCUUAAAACGAGGAGAUCGAAUUGGAAUUUGGGGCCCCAAUUCCUAUGAAUGGGUUUUGACGCAAUGGGCGGCAGCAAGAUCAGGAUUAAUUCUUGUGAAUAUAAAUCCGGCUUACCAGGCUGCAGAACUACAGUAUGCAUUAAAUAAAGUUGGAGUCAAAGCCUUGGUUGUGGCUAAGACCUUCCGAAAAACGAAUCUCAUGGACAUCUUACGUCAGAUAAUUCCGGAGCUCGAUACAUCCUGCACCAGUGAUCAACAAAGACUUAGCGAUGAAUUAGUGAUGUCAAGUCCCCUGGUACCUACUCUAAAGAGAGUGAUUGUUAUGUCAGAUCAGUUACAAAAUAGAGGAGUUUUACGAUGGAAGGAUUUGAUGGAUUUGGCCACUCCAGCUCUGAUAGCUGAAGUUCAUAAUACUCAGCGAAAGAUUCAGGUGGAUGAGGCGGCUAACAUUCAGUUCACAUCGGGAACGACUGGAAAUCCUAAAGGAGCAACGCUUUCCCAUUUAAACAUUGUCAAUAAUUCCUACCUUGUUGGAAUGAGAAUCGGAUAUCACCAAAAGCCGCAUACCAUCUGUGUUCCGGUUCCACUCUAUCAUUGUUUUGGGUGCGGUCUCGGGGUACUGGCUGCUGCUUCACAUGGGGCUACUUGUGUUUUCCCUAGUCCUGUCUUCAGCGCUAGAGAGGCAGUCAAAGCAGUCCAUUAUGAGAGAUGUACAUCUCUGUAUGGUACACCGACCAUGUUUGUCGACAUCCUAAGCCUGCCGGAUUUGAAACAAUACGACCUGAAAAGCCUGUCCACAGGUAUUAUGGCUGGUGCACCAUGUCCGGAAGAAAUAGCCAAAGGAGCUAUAAAUGAUUUAAAUAUGAAGGAUUUUGCGAUUUUGUACGGAAUGACGGAAUGCAGUCCAGGUACGUUUGUGACGUUACCGACAGAUAAUUUUGAAGUACGCUGUUCCACUGUUGGCUAUCCCUGCGAACACGUCGAGGUGAAAGUCGUCGAUCCAGCCACGAAUGAAAUCCUGCCUAUCAACACUCCAGGGGAAAUCUGUACAAGAGGGUACAAUACUAUGUUAGGUUAUUGGAAUCAACCAGACCAGACUAAAGAAAUUAUCAGCGAGGACGGAUGGAUAAGAUCCGGAGAUAUAGGACUUCUUGACGAGAAUGGUUACGGUAAAAUUGUUGGAAGGAUUAAGGAUAUGAUCAUACGUGGAGGAGAGAAUGUUUAUCCACGCGAAAUUGAGGAAAUCCUUCACACCCACCCUUCAGUCCAAGAGGCACAGGUUGUAGGAGUUCCUGACGAAAGACUGGGGGAAGAAAUCUGCGUCUGGAUCCGUUGCAAAUCCCAGACGAAGUCGGAUGCUAUCGAAUUGAAGAACUUCUGUGCAGAAAGGAUGGCCUAUUUCAAAGUUCCUAGAUAUUGGAUGUUUAAAAAGGAAUUUCCCCUCACUGUGACUGGAAAAGUACAAAAAUUUGUUAUGAGAGAGAUUUCUAUAAAAGAAUUAAAUCUUAAAAAUUAAAAGGUAGACCUUACAGGUACAAAGAAUUUUCUGGUUUGUCAUAUUGUCACGUUAAAUUGUUCCCAAG